UGUUCUUUCAUGGGAAGCGAUGCAAUGUCGUAGCAUCGUGGGUGAUCAAGGAAGACGUGAGUUAAUCUCCAUUAAAAGCCUUGUGUGUAGGAUGUACGUUUCCCUCGAAUUUCACCGUAAUUUUCCUCGUUGAAAUUGGAAGACUAUUAAAAAAAAGUGAAAGAUUAAUGUUUUAACAAGUGGAAAUUAUUGGAGCGAGUGUGAAAAUGUCCAGGGACUGGGCAGUUUGAAGUACAGUUGGAAGUGAUUGCUCCAAUUUCCCUGUCAAGGCAAAAUUUCAACUCUGUGGGAGAUUGGAAUAAUAAAAAACAAUGUCGGCUCCACCACCUCCACCACCUCCAGCUUUUAACAUAAGCAGUGCACCCAGCACGGAUCCACAGGGUAGAAAUCAAUUAUUACAGUCAAUUAGAGCUGGAAAGCAGUUGAAAAAAACAGUUACUGUUGAUAAGAGUGCGCCAGCAAUCUCAGGAAAAGUAAAGAAUGGCUCAAGCCCAAACUCCCCAGCAGCCCCGGGCUUUUCCACAAGUAUUAAUAAUACAAAUACAAAUACCAGCAGUGGACCCAUGGGUCUAGGUGGUUUAUUCGCAGGAGGAAUGCCAAAAUUGAAGCCAACAGGUUUGAGGGGAGCAAUAGUUGAUAAAGAAACGUCACCAAGUCCUCCAAGUAAUUCAUCAUCUGGGACGAUUAAACGUGGCCCACCGCCAGUGCCUCCACCAGCAGCUCAAAAGCCGCAGAUGAUUCAGACGGAGAGUUCUCCAGAGCUAACGAAGAUGGGGGGCUUUGGCAAGCCGACCCUAGCACCAAAGCCCCCAGGCCAAUCGCCAGCCAUAAUUUCGGGUUCAUCAACCCUCCAAAAACCCUGCCCACCACCAAAGAAACUCGAUUUGCUUCGUGGAGGUGGUGUAUCAAGGGCCCAGAGCAUGAGACUACCGAGAUCACCUCCAGUACUAGCUCCAAAUUCAUCAUCACUCCACCAGUCCCAGGACUGUCUCAAUGAGACACACCAGAGGCCAAUGAAUCGAGUGUUGAGGCCACCAGUUGCCAGACCACCCUCACCCCCAACAUCAAGAAAUCCAAGUGGUGCCUCAAAUGCCACUCCAGUUAUGCGAACAGCACCACCUCCUCCCUCAAGAACCUGCGUUACAGCCCCAAGUAUGCCACCACCACCUCCACCACCCCCUCAUCGCUCCAAUGCAACUCAUCAAAGAAUUGCACCUCAACCUCCACCCACACCGCCGACCCGCAAUCUAUCGUUAUCCAAUGGUCAAUCGCAGUCUAUCGGUAAUAUUCACGACCUGGAAACGCGAUUUAUUGAUCAAUUUCACUCGAUAGCAACGUUCCCAUCGCCAGAGCAAUUCCGGGGUGUACCAAAGCUCUACAAUAGUAAAAAUGUUUCAAUGAAUGAUUCAAUCAGUCUGAAUAAUUCUUUAACAUUCAUCGUUUUAUCAUUUUAUUCUAUUCUGUCUGCAUCAUGAGCAUCUAAUGACACUCCCGCUAUCACAUACAAGCAUGUGUCUCCGAAAACAUUUGGGAUUGAGAAGAAAAGAGAAUCGAAAUUCUUAGAGAAAAAAAAAACAAUGAGAAAACGAUAAAUUACAGCGGCAAAGCAACAAGCACCGGCACCACCUCUGCAAUCGAGUCCCACACCCAGUACCAUGAUUCAAUUGAAUGCUUCAGCUGGGGGUAAAGAG